AUGGACCCUCGCUCGGCAUGGUCAAUAAAUGCUUUAUACCUACUAAUUGUAUUGUUGAUAUGCUGCCUUUCUACAGUAACUAGUCUAAAAGUCAUCUUAGAUGAUACUAAAAAUCCACUACUAGCGAAAGAUGGCGAAGUGGUGACAAUUAUUGUUGAAGAUUUCGACUGCCAUUUUUCUAGAGGGAUAACACCCUUGAAACACAUGGUCAACCCUGGCUCUAUCAGCAUCACCUUCACCGCUGGCAAUCAAACAUAUGGAGAAUAUAUGUGCUGUCAGGAUCCUCCAAAACCCGCAAAACAAAAACACGAGAAAACAACGUGCCGCCGAGUGUCUAUCGAAGAAGAUACUCCAUUAAGACCACAUGAGAGGUUAUGUACCGAAAAAGAAAACUUCUGCUCACCGGAACACACAAAAAGAUGUGUGUAUGCAUCGGCGAUUGUUAGUUGCCAAUGCAUAUUUAACUGGGUUGGCAAGGAUUGCACGGAUCCCGAGGUGUCAACAGGACCAGCGCUGGAACGAUUCGUGAACGAAUAUGGCAUCAUGGGCGCCAUCAUCUUCGUACUAGUGAUAAUCGUGGUGUUCGUUGGUGGUUGGUGUUAUUGCAAACGGAAAAGUCGACGUAAUGAGCCCCACGAAGACGUCGAGUACAGCCAAUGCAGCCAACAAGAUCCCGUCGCAGCAUGCAACAAUAUGACGUCUACC